AUGACGAGCACCACCUCGGCGAGCAGCACAACGGGUACCAGCAGCACGACACAGACGAGCAUCAGCACCAUCAGCGCCACAAGCACAACGAGCCUUCAUAGCACUACGCAGACCAGCUCAACGACCAGGACAGACAGCAGCACCCUCACGACAACGACCAGCUCGAUUUCCAGCAGCUCCACAGCCACAAUCUCUUCGUCGAUCUCGUCGGUGACUCGCAGCUCAACGGUGACGACGCCCACCAGCUCGAUGACCAGCAGCUCGACGGUGUUCUCAACGAGUGAAGCGAGUAGUCUUUCGAGCGCUACUUCUGUGAGCAACACGACAAGUGUCAGCAGCACGUCAGAGACGAGUAUCAGCACCACCAGCGCCACCAGCACAACGAGCCUGCAUAGCAUGACGCAGACCAGCUCAACGACCUGGACAGAGAUCAGCACUUCAAGUGUCAGUGUGUCGAAUUUCAUUUCGCAAAGCAGCACGACGCGCACCAGCAGCGCGACGCGGAGCACCACGUCCGCGAGCAGCAUCACAUCGCCGACUCCCAGCAGUACGACGAGCUCGAGUGAGACGAGCACCGCGUCUGUGAGCAGCACGACGGGAACCAGCAUCACGGCAUGGAGUAGCACAACGGAGAGCAUCAGCACGACAGUGCCCUCCACGAGUAGUGCGACAGAGACAAGCAGCACAACGGUGAGCAGCACGACAGAGUCCAGCAGCAGCACGUUGAUUCGUACAGGGGCAAGUGGCACCACAAUGGCCACUUACACCACUGCUAGUUCUGAUAUUUCAACAUCAAAAACAACCGACACACCAAUCGCAGUCACAGACUACGAGUACAUAAUGACAUUACGUGUUUUGUCAGUCGACUAUUCAGAGCUCCAAGCCAAUAGUCGCAUCCACGGUGCUUUUGUAUACGCCGUGACUGAUGCAUUUUUGGAAACGUUCCCAGAUGUUUCCAGUUCGCAGGUGGUUGUAGAGUUAUCUGCAGGGUCUGUGAUUGUGGGCAUUACUGUGGCAGAUCUCACUGCCGACGCUGCGGAGUCGCUUCACGAUCAAUAUGUCCAGCAGGGCUUCAACAUCACGCAUCAGGCCAACACACAGACUAAGCUCGAGAAUAUCGUCGGCAUCACGGCGGUGCUUGCGAACGGCUCGACUAUUGAUGCGAUCGUCGUGACUGUGAUUAGCCAGCAGAUCGUCUUUAGCACGAGCACGAGUUCGAUGACUGCGACUAGCACAGGUGUGACUUCCACGUUCCAAGUUGGUACGGCCCCCGCAGAGCCUCCGCUCGACGUGGUCUCACAUGAACGCUGGUCGGCUGCUUCACUCGGCAGCGCGUCGUUGGGCAUCCUGGGCGCCGUCGGCGCGAUAGCCGCGGUGUCGGCCAGCUCAGUGAUCCUGGUGGUGCAGAAGAGCUCCAAGAGGGGCCUGGACGUCGGACACAAAGGCGCUCGCUCCUGGGACGGGCGCGGCGGCGCGGACUUGGUGACGAGGCCGACCAGGCGGGUGCCCGUCCCCGGGGUCUACGUCAACGCGGGCGCCAGGAGAGAGGAAUGGGUGGUGAAGGCGCGCGGAUGCGAUCUGAAGCACCUCUUCCUGGGGCAGCCUCCUCAGCGCAUCACGUUGGUGCGGAAGGACCAGGACCUUUCAGAGACGCUGAAGAUCACAAAGGCUGGGGCGUGCAAGUCCUGGGGCGAAGAGGGCAGCACCCAGGUGAGGCAGAUUGCAGACAACAAGAUCGAAGUAGUCGACUUUGUAGGCGAGCUCAUGCCGCUGCGGCUGGAGCGGCGACCUCCAGCAUGCCAACUGCUCAAGAUGGUGUCGCCGUUGAUCAUCUUGUUCGCUGUUGCGCUCGUUGCGCUGCACCUGAAGAAAUACGACACUUCCAGUCCCAUCUUCAUCGCCGUGGCUGCUUGCAGCAUCGCCAUCCUGCUGGCGAAGGCGGGCGUGGACAUGGUGCGUCUCGUGGAGCUCCUUCAGGACUUGUUCCACGGGUGCGUGUGGAAGGUAUUCUCCAUCACCACUUCCGCCGUCCCCGUGCUGAUGUGCCUGUUCGACAUGUUGGAACAGGGUGGUGGCUGGCUCAGCGCAAGCACGGGGGCAGCCUGCCUGAUCUCCCUCUUCUUGGAGCUUGCCGACCUCGAGACGCUGGCAACCCUCGGGCGCCUCGUCUUCGGGCUCCUCUUCGGCGCCACCUCGGGCGCUUUCCUCUACCGAGCCGGCGACGGCGUCGCCUUCAUCCCGCUGCUGGCCUCGGGCAUCAUGCUGUGCCGAGGCAUCCAGGACCACCUCAAGGGCGAG